AUGUCGCUAAAUCAAAACCCGUUCUCCGACCCAUUUGCGGAUCCAUCGGUACGAGCGGCUGCCGCACCAUCGGCGAGUGCAAAUGUAAAUGAGGAUUUCAACCCGUUCGCGCAACGCAAUCAAUCAACUCAGCCAGCACCCACCCAUCAGCCAGCGCUCUCGGGCGGUGCCACCUCUGCAGUGCAUGGAGAUGAGCUCUUCCGUCGACAAGAGGAACUCGAGCGAAAAGCACAAGAGCUUCGCCGAAAAGAGGAAGAGCUUGAGCGUCGUCAAAGGGGUACCGCACCCACUGGUGGGGCAACAAAUGGCGGGGCGGCGCCUGCUGCUGGAGGAAAACCCCACAAUUGGCCACCUCUGCCAGCCAUUAUUCCGAUCGAACCUUGUUUCUAUCAGGAUAUCGAAGUGGAGAUCCCUGUACAAUUCCAAAAGACGGUCACCAUUGUCUACUAUGUGUUCUUGACCUAUGUGCUUGCUCUUUUCAUUAAUGUGUUUGCUUCACUCUUCUACGCACUUUUCGGUGGUGGAAGUAUUGGUGUCUUCUUUUUGGCUAUUAUUCAAUUCAUUCUCUUCGCGCCUUGUUCCUUUUUGUUCUGGUUCAGGCCAGUUUAUAAGGCAUUCCGGAAUGACUCUUCGUUCAAUUUUAUGGUCUUCUUCUUUGUGCUCUUCUUCCAUUCAAUCUUUACAUUGGUGCAAACGCUGGGCAUUUCUCAGUACGCUUGUGGAUGGGCCAAUGCUCUCGAGACGUUCAGCAAGUCGGUUCCCGUCGCUUUGUUGAUGUUGGUUUGCGCAGUCGCAUUCAGCGUGGCUUUCGCUGGAAUGGUUUUCGCCCUCUUGAAGGUUCAUCGUCUCUAUCGCGGCGCUGGCUUCUCAAUCGAUAAGGCGCGACAAGAAUUCACGAAUGGAGUGAUGAAUGACCGAAACGUUCAGGCUGCAGCUGGAGUCGCGGCACGAGGAGCAGCCGGUGCUGCUUUCCAACAAGCUGCUUCAGGUCGUUUU